CCAGUCUGAAUACACUUGUGCACUUGAGGGAUUUGCAACUUACAGGAGUAGACCUCAAUCGGCAGACUGGUCUUGCGAUCAUGUUUCACAAUUUGACCAGACUGGAGACUCUGAUGCUCCUUGGCUGCAGGAUCGACUACCUGGAAAAGGACAUUAGCAAAGACUUACAGUCAUUGAGAGAAUUACGUUUGGUUAUUAACAAUGAGCUUACAAUCAUGGAAGAAUUCCCUGAGCCCCUGAAAGGCCUAAAGUAUCUGCUUAUACAAGAUCUACUUUUACAAUGCAGUUGCAACAAUGCUUGGUUUGAUAACUGGGCGAAACGAAAUCGACAAGUUCAGGUCAUGUUUUGGCCUUUUACAUUGGGAAUGAGGGGAAUAAAUUGCAUAGAUGAGCAUGGCACUCAGAACUUCCUCAAAUACUCCCAAAUCCAUUGUUCAAUGGACGUAGGAUUCAUUUUGUUUGUUUCCAACACGCUGGGCCUCCUGCUCUUCAUGCUGGUGGUGCUGCUACAUCACCUGGCUGGCCAGUAUCUGCUGGCUCUAUUCUACAUCGCUCGCGGCUGGUUGGAGGAGGCCGUGUUUCGGAACAACAAGGGAUGCUACAGGUACGACGCCUUUGUCUCUUACAGUGGGAAAGAUGAGCACUGGCUGGGGAAGGACAUUGUGGACAACAUCACAGACAGUCUCUACAGCAGCCGCCGGACUGUAUGCUUGGUCAGCCGCCACUACCUCCGCAGCAACUGGUGCUCUUUGGAGAUGAAGCUGGCCACUGACCGGCUGUGGGUGGAGCAAAGGGACAUCCUCAUCCUGGUCUUCUUGGAGGACAUCCCUCCUCACCAUCUGUCUGCCCACCACAGGCUGGCCAGACUGGUGAAGACCAGGACCUACCUGGACUGGCCAAAAGAGCCAGAACAAUACCAAGCUUUUUGGGACCGACUUUGGGUUACGCUGGCGCCAAAACAUGGCCAGUGA